AUGCGACGCAGGAAGAUCAUUUCCUUUGAGUACGACUUCCGGCCGCCGGAAACCAACCGGUAUGGACUUACUAACGAGGAUCUUAACCGACGUUGGAGUAACCCGAACCGUGUAUUACACCCCGUAAUUUACCAUGCAAAAGGUCUUAUGGAGUAUUGCAGCAGGGUGUUACACCGGCCAAUCCAUGUCUUCGUUGAUUACCACGGACACUCCCGGAGGAAAAAUGUUUUUCUUUUUGGUUGCUCAAGGUCGGGUUCAUGGAGCGCCGCUGACCGCGACAAACCUGAUCAGCCUGCACAGUAUUUGAUGCUUCCAAGACUCAUGCAGAAAACAUCGCCUGCUUUUGCACUGCCUCUGUGUUCAUUCAAGGUCGAAAGGAACAAGGAAUCCACGGCCAGGGUCGCCAUAUGGCGCCAGCUCGGCGUAGCCAGAAGUUACACAAUGGAGAGUAGCUUUUGUGGAUGCGAUCAAGGGCCUCUAGCUGGAUUACACUUGGACACUGUCCACUUGAGAAACGUAGGUCGGGAUUUUUGCCAAGCACUGGCUUUCCUCAAGGACAUCAAUGAUAAUUGGAUUCUUGACAAAUCGACGAAUAAUCAAGAAGAUUGCUGUCCGCUUGAGUGUGUAAGAAAAAAAUCUAUAAGACCUAAAUUUAUUGCCGAUGAAAGCAACGAAGAAAACACUGAUGACUUAUCAUCGACUUGUGACUCUGAAGAUUCAAGUUCCGCAGAUUGA